AUGUCUGGAUCUGGUGCUUCUGGUAACAAGUUCCGUAUGUCGUUGGCUUUGCCAACCGGUGCCAUCAUGAACUGUGCUGACAACUCUGGUGCUAGAAACUUAUACAUUUUAGCUGUCAAGGGUUUCGGUGCUCGUUUGAACAGAUUGCCAGCUGCUUCUGCUGGUGAUAUGGUCAUGGCCACUGUUAAGAAGGGUAAGCCAGAAUUGAGAAAGAAGGUUUGGCCUGCUAUUGUCAUUAGACAAUCCAAGCCAUGGAGAAGAAAGGAUGGUACUUUCUUGUACUUUGAAGACAAUGCUGGUGUCAUCGUUAACCCUAAGGGUGAAAUGAAGGGUUCUGCCAUCACUGGUCCAGUUGCUAAGGAAUGUGCUGACUUGUGGCCCAGAAUUGCUUCUAACUCUGGUGUUGUUGUCUAA